CUGAUUUUUAGAGGAAGUAUCUUUAGCAAGUAUUUCUCAGACCCUGCCAUUACUAAAAUAUCUCUUUCCAUCUGCUUUUCUUCACAAAGUGGUCAGACUUUGCCUGGAUGCAUGCAUGAAUAAAGCACCAUAACGUAGCACCAAGCGGAUUUAUCUCAGACUGUACAUCUUUUGGUCCUCUGCCAUCUGCAAAGUGGUUGUGAGAAACGUGACACAAAAUACAGGCUGAUGCUUUUGUUUCUGAACACCAAGGACACAAAAGAAUGGACGAAACUGAAUUGCUGAAGGAAAGACUCCAGGCCAUAACAGACAAAAGAAAACUGCAAGAAGAAAUUGCACAGAAACGUCGAAAAAUAGAAGAGGAAAAACUGAAACACCAGCAUUUAAAGAAAAAGGCAUUACGAGAAAAAUGGCUCUUGGAUGGCUUCAGUUCUCUCACACCAAAAGAGCAGGAAGAAAUGCAAAAGCAAAAUCAAGAGGACCAACAGCAAACUCGUGAGCUGGAAGAUGACAUUUCCAGACUGGAGAAGGAAAUAGAGGCCCUUGAAAAAGAGGAAAUUAAAGUCUCAGCUAAGGAAGAAGCUAUUUUAAUGAAACUUAAAUCAGUUGAGAAAACAACAGAAGACAUAAUCAAGUCUGUGAAGAUCGAAAGAGCAGGAAUUGAAGGAGAGGCAGCAGACUACAUAUAUGCCAACAUACCCGACCUUCCCAAGCAUUUCAGACCCUCUGCACUGAGAAGAGCAGGUCAUGCUACCACCGAUGACGAAGAAAAGAGAAAAGCACUGUUUGCAAUGGAAAUGAGAGUUGAAAAAGACAUGAAGACAGGUGAAAGCACAGUGUUGUCAACAAUACCUCUUCCCUCAAACGAGUUUAAAGAGACAGGAAUUAAAGUCUAUGAUGACGGUAGGAAGUCAGUAUAUGCAGUGUCCUCAAAUGGCAGCACAACGCAAAAUAGGAUGGAUGAACUUGCUCCUGUUGAGGUGGAAGACCUUCUAAGGCAAGCAAAUGAAAAAAAUUCCCAGUCUCCCACAGAGUAUCAUGAGCCUGUGUUUGCAAACAAGUUUUACAGGCCAAAUACUCCUCAGAAAGACAAAUUAAUCUCUGGACUGAAACUGGAAGAAGACACACACAAAGGAGAGAUAAAUGGAUUCAGCAGUCAGACAGAAUUUUCCCCUGUGGCAGAACCCUUUAUACAGCAACACAAAGAGAACGGGCUUAAUCUUCAAAAGGUAACACCAAAGUCUCCCUCUCCAAUACUUUCGGAUCCAGAGAAGAAAGUACAUGUUAAUCCUGAGAACAAGAUGCUAGAUAAUGAGAAAAGUGCUGCACAUGAGGAAUUAAAAACUUUUCAGAAUACAACAGAAAUACAGGAUGAAACAAGGCAUUUAAGUUCCUGUCAUCCUAAUGAAGCACCCCCUGCACCUCAAGAUGAGGAAGAUGUUCAUUACCGCAUGGUCCAAGCUGUGCCAUGUUACGUGGAUGAUUCAGAACCAGUUACAAUGAUUUUCAUGGGUUAUCAGCGCAUUGAUGAUGACGACACAGAAGCAGACCAGAAGUUGACAAGAUAUGAUGGGCUUAUCCGUGCAGAAUUAGUUAUCAUUGAUGAUGACGAUGAUGACAGCAAAUCUGAGAAACCAUCAUAUCAUCCUGUUGGCCACUACAGUCAGGUUUACCAGCCACCAAGCAGGAAAACCACAGAAGUCACACAGACAAACCCCGUGAGCAGCCUAGGCACAAACAUGAACAAUGCACCCCACAAAAAUUCCAUCUCCCUACGAGAACAAGAAGAACGCUUAAGCUCACCUACAGACCAUGUUCAUCUUCAAAGCCAGGUGCCUGGAGAUGGUACUGAAGAUCCUUCACUAACAGCUCUGAGGAUGAGAAUGGCAAAGCUGGGGAAAAAGGUGAUUUAACAGCUGUAUGACAUGGAAGUAGAAAUUACUACUCAAAGCAGUAUAAAGCUAAGGAGUUUCUUCAGUAUACAUUUUGGAUCUUAAUGCCUAGUGUUUUGCUCCUGUUUUAUGCAUCUGGGUUAUUUUGCACUUUGCAUAACCUAAUGGACUCCAACAGACUUUUAGUUUUGACCAACUGUGCCACAUAGACAUAAAUUAAAUCCUGAAUUUUGUAAAGUAAUAGAAAGUUGCCCAAGACCAUAAAUGCAGUGUAUAUCCAAGAGAGAAGACGCAUAACCUGUCCCCACAAUCAGAAAUAUAUUGUUGCUACAUACACAGCAGAUAAAACCCACCUCCAAAUUUCACAGGAUGCUGUUCCCUUUAAAGCAUACUGGUCUGAUGUUUGAUUGAAAAUGUUCGAACCUUUUUUUUUUUUUUAAACAUUAGUUAAAAACUAAGUAUGAGAGAUAGAGGCCAGAAAAAAACUCUAUAUAAAAUCUGAUCUCCAAACUUAGUAUCUUGUCCAAAAUUUGAAGCAUUCCUUUUUAAGAGUAGAACAAUAUUAAAAUAGUAAAGCCCACAUUUAAGUAUUUAGCCACGUUUUUAGAGCACCACAGUCCACCCAUCCUUCUCCUCUAUAUAGGACAGUACAGCAAUGCUAAAAUCCUGUUCCCCUCCCCACAUCACAUGCAUGUUUCCUGCCCAUCCCUCACAGACCCCAUGCAUAAUACUAUAAACAGCCUGACCUCCCUGGCAUGGCUUCACCUCCUUAGCUCACUACACAAUGUGUUACUUUUCCAGAAAGCUGGUUGCCAGGCAGGCAGUGCCUGUCAGUCAUUAACAUUAUUGCUUAGUCCGCAGGUUUCAUCAGCCAGGGGAGCUAAAAUUAGUGCAGAUCUCCCAUCAGAAAUCAACUUGUCAAUGGCUCGUCCUGCAGCUGCAACAGGUCUGUUCUGGGGGCAGCUGCUGCUGGGUAUGGGUCCCCAACAAGCAGCAGAGUCCCACCAUUCAACAUGGUCAUUCUUUCCACAAUGGAGGAAGGCUACAGCACUUAGAGUAGCCAUAAGGUAUAAUUACACAUAGGAAAGUCACAUGCUAGUCAUUUUUCUAAUACCAGGUUCUUGGGAAAAAAGUGCCUCAUCACUCUACAUCCUUCUAUUCAAAUCAGUAUGAUAGCAUUACUUUUGGUAGGUCUUAGACUGGUUUGAAUUGCUAAGUGGAUAAAGGUCAGGUUGUAUUGUUCUGUUGUAGAAAUAACAAAAAUAACUACCAAAGAACAGAAAUAACUUUUGCUUGCCUUCCUCGUUUCAAAGCAGGAAAAUGAAGCCGCUACCUCAUACUGAGGCACAACAGUAGCAACCAGCUGACAAAGCCUCUAAGCAGGUGGUGGUCCCAGUCUGAAGUAGACAGUGAGCAGAUAAUCUCAGAUUUUAGGAAUUGUGAAAGAUGGUUACCUGGAGAUGGAAAUGAAUAAACAAUUACAUUUUCUCUA